AAAACCAAAUCCGCCGGCGCGGUGCCCUAGAAACCCCCGGCUGUGUUUCGUCCAGAAAACCCCUGCUCGAUCCCCAUACACCCGAACGGCAGCUAGGGUUCCUAGCCGCCGCGCGCCCGCGCCCGCCUCCCCGCCACGACCUCCUUCUCCGCGACUGCUCGCCGGACCUCCUCCCUCCGCCUCCCCGCCUCAACAACUCGCGUGGACCACCGAACCAGCAAGGGCCGCCGCCCGCUGCCCCGCCGCGACCUCCUCCCUCCGUUCUCCAAGAACAACCUAGAACGGCGGUGAAGGCAAUGGCGAGGGAGGACAGGAAGCGGAGGCAGCCCGACGGCGACGAGGCGGCGGACGAGGGCGAGAGGAGGGGGCGGAGGGACAAGAGGCCCAAGGAGGAGAAGCCGGCGCCGCCGCUGCCGUCGGAGAUCAGGAACAAGGAGAAGCGCAGCGAGGUGUACGCCAAGCUCAAGCGCGAGAAGAAGGCCCAGAAGCGCAGGCUCGGCCGUGAGCGCGGUCAGGCCGCCCAGCGCGCCGCCGAGCUCGGCGAGGAGGUGCCGGAGAAGCAGGUGCCCCGGACGAUCGAGAACACCAGGGAGCCCGACGAGACCGUCUGCCGGCCUGACGACCAGGAGCUGUUUGCAGGGAAUGAUGCUGAUGAAUUCAAUGCAGUGCUUAAACAAGUAGUAACCCCGAAAGUAUUGAUUACCACAUGCCGCUUCAAUUCAGGGAGAGGACCUGCUUUUAUUAAGGAGUUAAUGCAAGUGAUUCCAAAUGCUCAAUAUGUUAAUAGAGGAACUUAUGACCUCAAGAAAAUUGUGGAAUAUGCAAAUAACAGAGAGUUCACUUCAGUCAUGGUUGUCCACACAAAUCGACGGGAACCUGAUGCGCUGCUGAUCAUCAACCUACCUGAGGGCCCUACUGCACAUUUUAAGCUAUCCAAGCUCGUUCUGCGGAAGGAUAUAAAGAACCAUGGGAACCCUACAAGUCAUAAGCCAGAGUUGGUGUUGAACAAUUUUACUACGCGCCUUGGUCAUCGUGUUGGGAGGAUGAUACAAUCUCUUUUCCCUCAAGACCCAAAUUUCCGUGGCCGCCGAGUUGUGACCUUCCACAAUCAGCGAGACUAUAUAUUUUUCCGUCAUCACAGGUACAUCUUUGAGGAGAAAGAAAAGAAAAUCGUUUCAAAGGACAAGAAAUCGAAGGGUGAAACCAAAACUGAGAAGCAAAUAAACUGUCGCCUUCAGGAAUGUGGCCCUCGGUUCACCCUCAAGCUGCUCACAUUGCAACACGGGACCUUCGACACCAAAAGCGGAGAGUACGAGUGGGUUCACAAGCCUGACCUGGACACGAGCAGGAGAAGGUUUUUCCUGUGAUUUGUCGCCGUGGUGGCUUCACCCACAAAGUUGGUUUCUGUUUCUGUUCCGUUCCGUUCCUUGGAAAUUACUUGCUGUAGAGUAGUAUAUCAUGCUCGAGUCCUUUGCCAGUGUAACAACGACAUACCCGAAUCGAACCCCUGAUUCAAAGCGAUUCCGCGUACCCGUCAAUCAAAUGAGUUCAUCAGUUUUGAGUUUGACAAUAGAAAAGAGUUUGUUAUGUUCCACGUCUA